GCAGCGCGGGGACCGCUCGGUGUCCUCCGACUCAGACGACAAGGCCUCCACUUCGGUGAACGUAUGCAAGGGGCUGAAGCGCUACGGGCUCAACGGCUUGCCGGUGGAGCACCUGCCGCAGUCCGCUCUCCUUCAGCCUUUGCUCCGGCGCAGCCGCCGCAAGGCUGGCCACGGGCGGCUCCCUUGGGUCGCCGGCGAGCUGCAGAAAGACUUCGAACCGCGGAAGAGGGCGUCGGACGCCACUUUGCGCCCUCCGCAGAAGGGUCAGGCGUUCCAGUCGUUCGCCCACUUCACCAGUUGCUGGUGGGCCCGGGCGCUGUCCCAGCUGGCGCUCCAGGCGGACCUCAACAGCGAGGCCGUCACCUUCGAGCGGUUGCUGCGGCGCUUCCUCGACCUGUGCCACAUGGCGCAGGAGCUCGGGGUCACGGUCGCGUACGAGUACGACCGCCAGGAAUGGCUCCGCCUCGGCACGCAGAUCGAGAACAAGGACCCCUCGGUGGACCCGGACGCCAGCUUCGAGAAGAUCGACCACGGCCUGCGCGCCGACGUCAAGGACCAGUGCAGCAGGGCGAAGCAGGCCGGCGACAGCUCGGGCCGCGGCGGUUCGGGCGCCAGCAGGGGCCCGCAGGGCCACGCGAGCCAGCCAGCGCGCGGACACGCGGCG